AUGGACGUCGUCGCGGCCGUCUCGGGCUACAUCUCCAAGAUGGUGACGGCCGGCGAAUCGGCUUCAGGGUCUUCGUCCGCCAAGAUGAAGAUCCUACUCCUCGAUAGUGAGACAGUCCCCAUCGUUUCGACUGCGAUCACUCAAUCCGCCCUCCUUAAUCACGAAGUGUACCUGAUUGAUCGUCUGGAUAAUGCUGCGCGCGAGAAGAUGCGACAUCUGCGAUGUCUUGUCUUUGUGCGCCCAUCCCCGAACUCCAUCCAACUUCUAGUCGAUGAGCUCCGGGAGCCCAAAUAUGGCGAAUACUAUAUCCACCUAAGCAACAUCAUCCGCAAGUCAUCCCUCGAGCGCCUGGCCGAGGCCGAUAGCCAUGAGGUCGUUCACUCUGUCCAAGAGCAGUUUGCAGAUUUCUUGGUGAUAAAUCCGGACCUAUGUUCUUUCGGGUUGGGAUUCCCCUUGGAUCGCAUUUGGAGUCAAUCGCCUGAUCUGUGGAAUGCGGAUUCGUUGCAGAGAACCACAGAGGGGGUAUUGGCGUUGCUGCUAUCUUUGAAAAAGAAUCCAUUGAUUCGAUACGAAAAGAACAGCCUAUUAGCCCGUAAAUUGGCCACCGAGGUUCGCUAUCAUCUUACGCAGGAGGAGCAGUUGUUUAAUUUCCGCCGGACGGACACACCACCAAUUCUGCUCGUUCUAGAUCGUCGCGAUGAUCCCAUUACUCCGCUACUCACACAGUGGACAUACCAAGCGAUGGUUCAUGAGUUACUUGGCAUAAAUAAUGGACGAGUGGAUCUGCAGGAUGUUCCGGAGAUUCGACCGGAGCUCAAGGAGAUCGUGCUAGCCCAGGAUCAAGAUCCGUUCUUCAAGAAGAACAUGUAUCAGAACUUUGGUGACUUGGGCCAGAAUAUCAAGGAAUAUGUGGAACAAUACCAGACGAAAACACAGACCACUAUGAAUAUUGAAUCCAUUGCCGAUAUGAAGCGGUUCGUGGAAGAUUAUCCAGAGUUCCGCAAGCUCUCAAGCAACGUGAGCAAGCAUGUCACCUUGGUGGGCGAAUUGAGUCGGCGCGUGGGUGAGGACAGUUUGCUAGACGUGAGUGAACUUGAACAAAGUCUGGCCUGUAAUGACAAUCACGCCAACGACCUUAAGUCUUUGCAACGUCUCAUCCAAUUGGAGAAUGUCCAAGCUGAGAGCAAACUACGUCUCGUAGCUCUUUAUGCCCUUCGCUACGAGAAACAGCCGAAUAAUGCCUUACCCAUCUUACUUGACCUACUUGUCACAGCCGGCAAUGUCCCCUCUAACAAAGUUAACAUCAUCCCCAAGCUUCUCGCAUACCACCACUCCCUACAGGCCCCACCAGUGGCUGGCGGAUUUUCCGACCUGUUCGAAUCCUCUUCACUUUUCUCCGGUGCUCGUGACCGCUUCAAAGGACUGAAGGGCGUCGAGAACGUCUAUACACAGCACUCACCCCGACUGGAGGUAACACUCCAGAACUUGAUUAAGGGACGACUUAAGGAGAUGCAAUACCCAUUCCUAGAGGGUAGUGGGCAUACUCGCGAUAAGCCACAGGAUAUUAUUAUCUUUAUGGUUGGCGGUGCCACAUAUGAAGAGGCCAAGAUGGUCGCGCAGGUGAAUGCCAGCUCUCCUGGUGUGCGCGUUGUCCUAGGUGGAACAUGUAUUCACAAUAGUACUACAUUCCUGGAAGAGGUCGACGAUGCUGUCAACAGUUGGCCCGAACCAAGUGCUUCGACAGCUGCUGGACGGCUGCGACGAGAGGUCGGGCGAUAA